UGUUGCCAUGGAUUGGGAUAAAGAUGGAGAUAUCCUAGCAGUGAUUACUGAGAAAUGUAGUUACAUUUAUCUAUGGGAUGCCAACACAAAUAAAACCAGCCGGUUAGACAGUGGCAUGAGGGAUCAAAUGUCUUUCCUUCUUUGGUCAAAAGAUGGAAGUUUCCUGGCUGUUGGAACUAUUAAAGGAAAUUUGCUUAUUUAUAAUCGUCAGACAUCUCGAAAGAUUCCUGUCCUUGGAAAACAUACUGAAAGAAUCACAUGUGGAUGUUGGAAUGCAGAAAAUCUGCUUGCUUUAGGUGGUGAAGAUAAAAUGAUUACAGUUAGUAAUCAGGAAGGUGACACGAUACAACAGACAUCAGUGAGUUCAGAGCCUAGCAAUAUGCAGUUUUCCAUGAUGAAGACUGAUGACCGAACCUCUGCUGCAAAAAGCACAAUAAGUGUGGUAAUUGGCAAGAAAACUUUGCGUCUUUUUAAUAUGAAUGAACCAGAUAACCCAAUUGAUCUGGAAUUUCAACAGCGCUAUGGCAACAUUGUCUGCUAUAGUUGGUAUGGCGAUGGCUACAUCAUGAUUGGUUUUUCACGUGGAAUUUUUAUUGUCAUUUCUACUCAUACUCGAGAGACUGGUAAAGAGAUAUUUCAGGCUCAUGACCAUAAAGAUAAUCUAACCAGUAUUGCAGUAUCACAAACUCUUAACAAAGCUGCUACGUGUGGAGAUAACUGCAUUAAAAUCCAUGACUUGGCAGAAUUAAAAGACAUGUAUGCUAUAAUCAACCUAGAUGAUGAAAAUAAAGGGUUGGGUACCUUGUCCUGGACAGAUGAUGGCCAGUUGUUGGCAUUGUCUACCCAAAGGGGCUCACUCCAUGUUUUCCUGACCAAGCUUCCCAUACUCGGGGAUGCCUGCAGCACAAGGAUUGCAUAUCUCACCUCCCUUCUUGAAGUCACCGUAGCCAACCCUGUUGAAGGAGAGCUACCAAUCACAGUUUCUGUUGAUGUGGAACCCAACUUCGUAGCAGUAGGUCUUUAUCAUCUGGCUGUAGGAAUGAAUAAUCGAGCUUGGUUUUAUAUCCUUGGAGAGAAUGCUGUGAAAAAAUUAAAAGAUGUGGAAUAUCUGGGGACAGUAGCCAGUAUUUGCCUUCAUUCUGACUAUGCUGCUGCACUUUUUGAAGGCAAAGUCCAGUUACACUUGAUAGAAAGUGAAAUCUUGGAUGCUCAAGAAGAACGUGAGACUCGACUUUUCCCAGCAGUGGAUGAUAAGUGCCGUAUUUUAUGUCAUGCCUUAACUGGUGAUUUCCUCAUCUAUGGUACAGAUACUGGUGUCAUUCAUUAUUUCUACAUUGAAGACUGGCAGUUCGUUAAUGAUUAUCGACACUCUGUCAGUGUGAAAAAGAUUUUUCCUGACCCAAAUGGAACCAGAUUAGUUUUCAUUGAUGAAAAAAGCGAUGGAUUUGUCUACUGUCCAGUUAAUGAUACUAUCUAUGAGAUUCCAGAUUUUUCACCAACCAUUAAAGGUGUUCUUUGGGAAAACUGGCCAAUGGAUAAAGGUGUAUUUAUUGCUUACGAUGAUGAUAAGGUGUACACUUAUGUCUUUCACAAGGAUACUAUACAAGGAUCCAAGGUUAUUUUGGCUGGUGGCACCAAAGUUCCCUUCUCUCAUAAACCUCUGCUAUUAUAUAAUGGAGAGUUGACCUGCCAGACACAAAGUGGAAAAAUAAACAACAUCUACCUUAGUACCCACAACUUCCUCGACUGUUUAAAAGUUGUGGGGCCUAAUGAACUGAGACAGAUGCUGCCCCAGACUCUAAUGCUAAAAAGGUAG